UCAGACGAUUUUCGACCGGCGAAGGCGAACGUGAGUUGUGCUCUACUGUAGCUGCUUCCCGAUCAUCAACCGAUCGGGUUUUGGAGGAAUGGAGAAUCUUCGUUUGUUGUUGGUUUUUACUGUUCUGUGUGCAGUCUUUAGUGAUGGACUGGCACAGAGCAGAGGCAGUUCAAGGUAUUCCCCUGCGGAAGAAGAAUUCGAAGGAGCAAGCACCCUGCCACAGCGUCCACCGCCUUCUAGAAGAGCAUCUGUAAGGCGACGAAAGCCAACCCCAACACCAGAACCAACGGAAAUCCAUAAGGAACUGCCAGAUUAUCAGUUGCCUAAGAGAGAGGGAACUACUGGUAGAAGAGUGCCAUCCAGAGUUCCAGCAGAGGAAUUCGCACCACAUGUUCCAGAUGUCCCAGUUUUGCCUGAUGAGCCCAUACUACCAGCAGUUGUCGAUGAACUGCCUCAAAUAACCACAGCAGCACCUGAAGAUAAGCCUCAAGGUAGAAGGCGCAGACCAAAGAAAAGGAGGAGGCCACAAAAUGGAGCCACAAAGCCAGCAACUAAUGGGGAAAAACUGGAAGUAACUGAACCUGAAAAGAGUAGAGUACCUGUCUCUGUUCCUGAGUUGCCAGAUGUAGACCAAAAACGACCUGAGCCUUUUUCAGUUAAUCCUGAACUGAUAAGUAAUCCAAACAAAUUUGAUUCUCCAGCAGGUUUGGAAGAAAAACCUUUGUGGUCUGAUGACAAAUUAGUUAGCACGGUUGGAGAUACCGGUCGAAGAAACUCUGACUCUGUUCCAUAUUACCCUCCUCAAGUUGGCACAAACAGAUUGCCGAUAGAAGACAACGAAAGAAUUGAAAGUAAUAGAGAACUUCCUGAGCCAACCCCUCCUACUUAUCUGGACAUUUCAAACAAAAGAUACUCUCAGCCAGUAGAUGAGCCCCCAAGCAGAGCAUCUUACGUUCCUGUUCUUACUCCUAUUCGAGCCCCAAGCGAAAGUCGUUCUCAUAUAUCGGAUGAAAACUUUCCUGAAACUAGAAAUCAGGAAAGCACUCGACGUACUAGGCCAUCAGAUCGCCGUAAUCCACAAAGAACACCCCUUAACAGAUCUCCAUCUAUACCCAUACCAGAAGUUGAUGAAGAAAGAAAAAUAACGGAGGCCAGAGCACCUCAGAAUUUUAUCCCACGUGACAGCCAGCCCAGCAUUCCAGAAAAAGCCUUACCCGAAGUACGAUUACCCGCAACUGAACCACCUUUUCUUGCCAAUGAAUUCACAGAAAAACCUGGUUUUGAAACAGCAGAAGAGCUUUUAGAGCGCUUACAAGAAGAGGGAAAUCCAGCAGUUGAAGGUAUUGAUCUGCAAGGACCAGAUGCUUCGAGUCGUCUUCCUAAUCCAGGUGAUAUUCCUUAUGAUGAUGCAUACCCACCUUAUAGUGAAAUUGGAUCUGAAGAAAGAUCUGCUGGUGCUGUGCCUCAUCUUCGAGAAGAUAUUCCUUCUGCCCCUAAAGCUUCUUUCAAUGAUAUACAACCACAAGAAACUCCUAAGCGUCAAAACACUAAUAACGUUGAUACUGAUGGUAGACAGAUUUCUAGAUACGAACCUCCUCUACAACGAGGCGGAUUCGGAAAUAGAGGAUCUGAAAGAUCAGAAAUAACAAGAAGUACUUCUGAAGGUAAUUCACCAACACAGGUUCCUACACGAGGUCGAGGAUCAACCAGAUAUCAACCAGAAACUGCCCCUGCAGAAUUUUCCAGAACAAGAAGUACAUCUCGAUCAUCUUCCGGUAGUUCUUCCAAUACACCAACGAGGGGUUCUCAAACACCUAGUCAAUCAUCAGCACGUAGCAGAAAUACUCAGAGAUAUCAACCUGAUCCAGCAGAAAGCAGAGCAAGAGUAAGUACAAGGAGACAGCCAGAAUACUCCGCAGAUAUAGUCAAUCCAGAUUACAGUCGCAGACCUCCACUUCCAGCAGAUCCAGAAUACACCGAAGACCGUUCUGUUCAUGCAGAUUACCAACGUAGACAGCCAUCUCCGGCAGACGAAGAAAAUUCACAGCAUAUUCCUCCUCCACCACGAAAUGCUCCGAUUAAUGUUCCCGAUGAAGAAUACAUUCCAGGGAGAAGCGCAGCCCGAUCUCGUCCCCCUCAACAUGAAGCUAGAGAUACCGUCGAACCUUAUUUGCAUGAAGAAUUGCCAGAAGAUCAGCCAGAUCCAAAUGAUUAUGCACCAGAAUAUCAAGCACCAAGACAACCAAGUCGAAGACGCCCAGUAGAUCAAAGAGGGCCUCCCUUGAGAGAACAAUCAACUGAUCAAAGAGUACCUCCAUUGAGAGAACAAGCUGUAGAUCAAAGAAGGCAGCCUUUAAGGGAACAGACUGAACGACAAGUAUCCAGACAGACAAACAGAAGAGAAAAUGUGGGGCACCGAAAUGCAGCAAGACAACCGCAACCUGAUCAUAGAGCUCCAGAAGAAAAUACUAGAUAUCAGCCAGAAUACCAAGCACCUCCGCAAAAUAGUCGUAAUCAUGCAAGACCUAUACCACAAAGGGAUUCUUAUCAAGAGAGACAGCCAACCCCUCGUCAACAGUCGAGAUCCAGACAACCUGAAGUGAGUCCAAGUCAAGGUCGUUCAUCUGGUUCAAGCAGGUUCGCCUGCCCUGAACCCUUUGGUUACUUCGCAGACCCAGUUCAGUGUGACAAAUACUAUGAAUGUCGAAAUGGCACGGCUGUAGAAAAUCUGUGCCAAGAUGGAUUAGCUUUCAAUCAUGUCGCUGCGCCCAAAUUCCUGAGAUGCGAUUCUCUUAGAGAUGUAGAUUGCUCAUCAAGACCCGAAUUACAGGAAGCUAAGCCCACUAAGAACUGCCCCAGGAGGUUCGGUCUAUACCCACACGAGACUGACUGCACCAAAUUCUUUAACUGCGUGGACGGAGCUGCUACUGAAGUCCAGUGUCCCCCAGGUUUGGUUUUCAACGAUGACAGAGCAACUUGCGACUGGGCCGAUCUCGUUAAAUCAUCUUGCAAAACAGAAGAUUUAGUGGGUUUUACUUGCCCUGAACCCAACGCCCAUGAUCUGCAGGACGGCGUGUACACGACAUACCCUCAUCCCGACAACUGCCAGCUGCAUUUCGUCUGUAUCAAGGGAGAUGACGGUCUGAGACGGCCCAGGAUGCUCAAUUGCAAUGAGGGUCUCGUCUACAAUCCCACCACGAAAUCGUGCGCCCGACCUGAUGAAGUUCCAGGAUGUGAGGAUUUCUACGGAAGCCGUAGCCCACCACCCAAGGCACAGCGAAAACCUGCAAGGGAACCCAUAGAACCGGAAGAAUACGAGGAGCCACCUACGCCCAAACCUAGAAGAAGGGUGCAGCAUAGGAGACAGAGAAACUCAUUUGCAGAAUUCAAAUGUCCAAACAAGUCCGGCUAUUACGCAGAUCCUGAACAAUGUGACUUGUACUACGAAUGUCGUAAUGGAGUGCCAAAAGAAAAACUUUGUAAAGAUGGGCUGGUCUUCAACGAUCAGAAUCCCCUCUACGAGAGGUGCGAUUUCCCUUUCGUGGUCAACUGUGGAAAAAGACAAUACCUGCAAACUCCUCAACCUAGCACAAAUUGUCCCAGAAGAAACGGCCUGUUCGCCAACCCCAACAGCUGCACCGCUUUCUGGCAGUGCCGAGAUGGAAUCGCUUCUAAAAUGAACUGUCAGUUAGGCCUGGCUUUCAAUCCAAAGAUGGGAACCUGCCAAUGGAAAGAUCGUGUGCCUGACUGUGGCCAAGGGACAACAGAAUCCCAGGAAUAAAGCACGAGAAUGCAAGCACCAAGAACUUUAUUUCACUCUGGAACAAAGUUGGAAAAAAAAAUGAAGAAUAAAAAAAUAAAAAUAAAAUAAAGCUUGUUUAUUUCAA